UGCCCGCAGGAGCUGACGUUCCUGACCAAGCAGGAGAUCCUGAUCGCCCACAAGAGAUUCAGCGAGCUGGUGCCCAAGGAGGAGAGGGAUCAAAUCCUGUCGGCGCGGGUCCCCAAGGACAAGGUCGUCACGCUGCCUGAGCUGAGGGCAAACCCGUUCCAGCACCGGAUCUGCCGAGUCUUCUCCACGGCGGAUGUUGGGGACGACAGCCUGUCCUUUGAGGACUUCCUGGACAUGCUGAGCGUCUUCAGUGAUGCCGCCACCUCGGAGAUCAAGUCCCACUACGCCUUCCGCAUCUUCGAUUUUGAUGAUGACGGGACGCUGGACAGGAAGGACCUGGAGAACCUGGUGAAUUGCCUGACAGGGGAUGCAGACGGGACCCGGCUGAGCACCUCGGAGAUGGACCAGCUCAUCCAGAACAUCCUGGAGGAGUCCGACAUCGACAAGGAUGGGACCAUCAACCUCUCGGAGUUCCAGCACGUCAUUUCCCGCUCGCCUGACUUCGCUAGCUCCUUCAAGAUUGUGCUGUGAUGGCUCCUGCAGCCCAUCUCCCCCCUGCCCCACCCCAGCCUGCUGCAGAGCUCGGCGCUGGCCCUGCACAGCAGCUGGCCCCUUCCUCUUCUCGUGACCAAAGCCAAUGCCUGGGCAAUGCCGGCGCCUGUCCUAGUGCCUUACACCAGCCCCGCGGGCUGUGCCUCCUGCGCUCCUCCUGCUGCACGGGGGAGGGACGCAGGCUUCUUUCUCUGCUGCAGCCCAGCUCAAGCUGCCCUUGUUCUCACACAGCCUCAGGCCUGGAGAUCCAAGCAGGGGCUACCGGGCCCAGGAUAGAGCACAGCAGGCUGGGACGUGCAGUCUCCAGGGCCACGUGUACUCCCUGCCUCUCGUGCUGAUUGAGGUGUAGCCCUUAGCUGGGCACAACACUGACACCCUACACUGGAGCAGAGAUCUCUUGCUGGGAGACUGUCACCUCCUGCUCCGUGUGAAUCCCAAGCACCAAUUUGUGCCUUCCAUGAGCAGCCUGGGAGCUACAGCUCUGGCAGGGCUCCUGCUGGCACUGUCCCUCCUCGCUGCCUCCUUGGGGUGGUCUGAGGCCACAGCCCAGGCUGUAGCAAACCUGCCUCAUUUCUCUAAGCAAUAAUGUACCCAGCACUUUAAACGUCCUGGCUCAACAAUGUCACAUCCCGUGCCGGAGGUCACUCAGGUCAGCUCCCCGGGCACAGUAGCCAGAGUCCAGUUCCAGGCAGAGGUUUGCCGAGGGGAUGGCAUAUCAGUAGAAGGGGCUCUCUGUGCCCCUUCUGGCCUGCCCUGGCCCCUGCCCCCGCAUGCUGCACCUACCUCUCCACAGAGCACAAGCCAAGAGCAGCCUGGUGCCGCGGUCUCUCCACCGUUCCCUUGCUACUGGCCAAGGGAAGGCUGUGGCUGCAAGGCAGAACCCAUCCCCGCUGGCCUGCACUGUGCCGGUGAACACUCAGGGUGCUGAGACUUCUCACCUCCUUUCUAAUGUAUUUUGAAGCAUCUGGCACUGGAUUCAGGCCCUGCCCGUGGUGGGCCUGGCGCUCCCCCCACCCCUUCCCCAUGCAUCAUUGCAAACAGCAUCAAUAAAGAGCUGGAAUCUCA